UUGAGAGCGAGGCUGAGAAGGGGCGUGGAGUGACGUCACGGGCCUCUCCAUUUUACGGUGAUCGCGGCCAUUUUGUGGUAGCGGGUUGCCGGGGGGCGAGUAGCAGCCAGUUCACCGAGACACAGGUUUUCCAGACAUCAAGAUGGCUGCUCCGUCCGCAUCUAAAGUCGUGCUAAAGAGCACCACCAAGCUGUCCCUGAAUGAGCGCUUCACUAACUUGCUGAAGAACAAACAGCCGGUGCCAGUGAAUAUCCGGGCUACGAUGCAACAGCAGCACCUGGCCAGUGCUAGAAACCGAAGACUGGCCCAGCAGAUGGAGAGCAGGCCGUCUGUCCAAGCCGCGUUAAAGCUGAAGCAGAGCUUAAAGCAGCGUCUCGGUAAGAGCAAUAUCCAGGCCCGAUUAGGAAGGCCCGUGGGGGGUCUUGCCCGUGGAGCCAUGGGUAUAAGAGGUGGCGGAGUGGGACUCCGGGGCUCCCACAGGGGAGUGAUGCGCAUUGCUCGUGGCGGCAGAGGGAUGCAGAGGGGCGCUCAGGUUCUUAGAGGGCAAGGUCUCCGAGGCCGCGGAGGUGCCACCAGGAUGGGCCUGAGGCGGGGAGGAAUCAGGGGCAGAGGCAUGCCUACUCGAGGCCUGAUGAGAGGCGGCCAAGUGGGUCGUGGCGGUCUGAGUGGAAGAGGCAGAGGAGGCACCGUGGCACGUGGCAGGGGAGGGUUUGGCCGCGGACGAGGACGGGGCAGAGGACGGGGAGCGGUGCGUCCCGCCCUGACCCGAGAACAGUUGGACAACCAGCUGGACGCCUACAUGUCUAAAACCAAAGGCCACCUCGACGCGGAGCUGGAUGCCUACAUGGCGCAAGCCGACCCGGAAUCCAACGACUGACCCGGGUGCGCUUUUAGCUGGGGACGGACUUUUCGGCGCUCGCUUCCUCCUUUUAGAGUUCCUUUUACAUUUUGAUACGGCUAGAAGUUUUUGUUAUGUUUUAUAUUAAAUGUUGAAUGUACCGAGACUGCCUGGCGCCUUGUCCUGCGGUCGGGUUCCAGAGACACUGCCGGGCCGGAGGCAGUUGGUUUUAUCUGCCCCGUGUCUGUUCACACGCCAGCUGGAAGCGUGUUACAUGUUUUGGGGGUUUUCUGUUGCAUCUUCCUCCUGCUCACGUGUUUUGGUUUCUGGGGGGGGGGGGACAGAAGGAAACGGGUGCAUAUGGCGGUGUGCGCAGGGGUUUUGUUCUGUGAAGUUCUCGUGGCGCUCGGUCUGUGUACAGAAUAUCGUCUCGUUUUUGACACACGUGGCGUUGUGUUUAAACGCGGCCACCAUUAAAACUUUCCAGUCUGAGCGAA